UCCGUAGUGAUUGGUCUGAGUACCAGUCAGGUGGGGGAGGGAGGAGCACACAAGCAGUCUGACAGGUUUGGCUGGUCGGUUGCCACCCCUUCCAUUCUGGAACUGUUUCACACUAUACAGUAAAAUUCUGCAGUUCUUGUCCUCUGUUGUGGUGUCCUGGGCUAUGAGAGGCCCAGAGUUUCACUGGGGAGCUGUAAGAUUCAACUUCCAUUCUAAAGGCCACCAGGACUCAAGCGAGGCCCCGCUGGUACUGGAAGAAUACGGUAUCAUAUCAGUGUCAGGUUUACGUCUAUGGACUUCAUUGUAGGGGACAGUUUGAUCCUGAAUUGAUGGCGUCUAAAUAUGUUUGACUUUGGGUGCCCCCCCCCCCAAAAAACCAUAACGAGACAGAACCGAGCUAAAGAUUAACCAGGCCAGUGGUGCUGCCUCCCCCACUUCCAGCAUGCCUGUGGAGACAGUCCGGGCUGUCGCGAGGCGGCCAGCUGCAGCAAGGCCUGCUGCUGCCGGAACAGCCACCUCCAGCAGCGUUCACACGCCCAACCGCCUCCGCCUGCAGCCAAGGACAGCUGCACCAGCUGAACCCAGACAAAGCGCGGUGGAGAGGCUGGCGGCCGACAAAGCAAAAUACGUCAAGAGCCAGGCGGCCCUCUCCCGGCAGCAGCCAGUCAAAGUGCCUCCACCCGUCAUACGCAAACCCCUGAUGUCCCCGGCCGCCACCCUGGCCCCCACGCGGAAGGCCCUGACCCCUCGCCCUAACUACACCCAGCUAGGAAGCGCUCCGCUUGACCUCGAACAUCUGAGUAACCUGAUCAACGGGGAGACCGAAGCGGAAACUCCCCUCGCCUCCCCAAGCAUCCCCACCGGGGACCAGAAGGGGAGUAAUCAGGCCCCUGACAACCCUACCACAACCACCAGCUCCACCUGUCCCACGGAGGGGAUCCCAACCCUGUGCCCCCGGAGCUCCACCCCUGUCAAAGUGGGACUAAAUGCCUUGGCCAAAGCAAGUCCCACUGGGUCUCCCACUGCAGCCACCAUACGUAGAGUGGACGUCAUACCCCAACACACCACAGCCACGAGGACCUCCCUCAGAGCACCGCUGCAGAUGCGUCUUCCCCUGCAUUCACACACCCAGAUCCACCAAGCCAAGUCGCCCCUGCGUCUCUUCCAUCCCCGAACAACUUACCCACCGGGCCCGGCACCCCUUAAACCUGUACCAGCCCCGCCACCACAAGACCGCACUCCAACCUCGCCGGCUAGAUCCUUUAAGUUCCCAGCCGACUCCCCAGUACUCCCACCGUCCCCGUCGAUCACGCGCCUGUCCUCUGGUAGCACCAGGAAACGUCCCUCCCUGACCCGUUCCAAAUCAGACAUGAGUGACCGUUACUCUCGGGCCGGUACUGACCUGGAGCGGUUCUUCAACCUGUGUGGCCUGGACCCUUCUGAGAUGCAGGCUUUGAAGGGGUCCCACUCAGACAUCACGUCCCUCGCACAGUUCCGCAGUGCGAGCGCUCCCGGGUCAGAAUGUGCAGGCCAGGUGGGUGAAGAGGAGGAAAAGGAAGGUGAGGUUCCCUACGGUGUUUCAGUCAUUGAGAGGAACGCCAGAGUAAUCAAGUGGCUUUAUGGUAUCCGUGAAUCCAAGGAAAGUGCCAAGAGCACCAACGUGUAGAGCCAUGAGGAGAAAAGCAUAGGGGUACACUUUAAACCCUGGAGAUACUUCGAGGACAUGACUGUGAGAAAACACAUUCUAGCAUGGAUAUUGCCAAUUCAGUUUAGUCAACUGGGUGAGAGCUCCUGUUGACUGGGAGAUCCUUCCAGCUGGACCAGUUAAUUAUGUGAUCACAACUCUAACCGGGUCAUCAGAAUGGAUUAGUUUGACAUGGAGGUGGUUGCUGGAACAGACACUGUAGUGGCAUGGAUACAAAGGAAUUUCAUUGACAUGGUUUAAACACAGUUCCUGCUUAGUGAACUGCCUGUAUAAACAUGCCUGUAUAAAAAUAUUCAAUUCAAAGGAAGGGACUGAUUGUGAAAGUGAAUUUCAAUUUAGCGUUGGACCUGAUUUGUGCAAGGUAUUUUUGUUCUUUGUACAGUACUUGAUCAUAUCACCCAUUUCACCUAAACAAUUGAAACUAAUUGCAAUUUGACUGGUUAUUAGAAUUGUGUUCUCUUUUCGUCAAGAGAAAUGUUUCACAGUAUUUGUUCAUGUUUUGGCAACAAUAUUUAUUUGUCUCAUACUGGGGCUGUCAAAUAUUUUCUUUUGGUUCUGCUGCUGUUGGACUGCUUUGUUACUCGAUGUUGACAUUCUCUGCAUCUAAAUAAAUACCCUCGAAAGGCAAACUGA